AUGCCAAUUAUUUUAGGCGAAUUUUGUGAAGAAGAUUUCAAUGAAUGCGAAAGUAAUCCUUGCCAAAACAAUGGCACCUGUUUGGACGGACCAAAUGGUUACAACUGUAACUGUUUACCAGGUUGGGAAGGGAAUUUAUGCGAGUCAGAAGUAAAUGAAUGCAUGUCGGCUCCUUGUCAAAAUGGAGCUGUUUGUGUGGAUUUACAUGCCAAUUAUCUUUGCGCUUGUCUGUUUGGUUUUGCUGGAAGAAAUUGCGAGGAAAUAGUCCAAAUCUGUGACAAAAAUCCUUGUGAAAACGGUGCCCUAUGUCUUAUAGAAGAAGGCAAUCCUAUUUGUUAUUGCGUACCAGAUUUUCAUGGGGAAUUAUGUCAGUACCAAUAUGAUGAAUGCCAGUUAGGACCAAGAUGUACCAAUGGGGGCACCUGCAUAGACGGAAUAGACAAAUUCUCUUGCUCAUGUCCGCAAAACUUAACCGGUCUAUUUUGCGAAUGUCUCAUUUUGGAAUCCAACGAUCUAGAUUGUAGUUAUAUUGCACCAACAACAAUUGUAACUACAGUAACAACAAUGGAAACUACAGUGCCAAAUUCAACGGAAGUAGCGCAUUUUUUAAAUACUACAAUCGAUAUAACAUCAACAACGCUUAUAAGCGACACAACAACUGAGUUUGUAACACAAACAAUUUUUCCUGAUACGACUCUUACAACACCUGAAUUUACAACUUUAACAACAAAAACAAUUCCUAAUACAACUAUUACAACUACAACUCAAAUUACAACUACAACUCAAAUUACAACUUCAGAGUUUACAAGUACAACUGAAGUUUCAGUUCCAACCAAAGUUACAGUAAAAAUACCAGAUGUUAGCACUGUAACUGAACAUAGUCUUUUCACCACAAUGACUUCGACUACAUACAAUGAAACUAUUACUAUUCCAAUUACAACAAUCGCACCUAUUACUCUUCCUACAGCUACUACAACUGUUGCUUAUAACACCAACUUAACAAUUACUCCAACCGAAAAGCCCGAUGAAACUACAACUUUUUCUACAGUAACUGAUGUUCCCACAAUAGUUACAAGCUUUUUAACCGAAGAACCUAGACAUUUUACUGACAGUACGACUACUCCAUUGCCUACUGCAGAAACAACAAUAACAACAACACAAAUGAUAACAACUACGACUGAAGAACAAUCUAAAAUUGAUUGUACUAAAGCUGAAAUGAAGUGUCAAAAUGGUGGCACAUGUAUCUACACUGAUAGAAGCUAUAAGUGUCUUUGUUUAUUCGACUUCGAAGGCCCACAUUGCCAAAUAAGCUUGGGUAUAAGAAAUGCAGCAUUUAACGGUGAAUCUUAUCUAUCGCACAGAUUGCUCAACCAUUCUCAUGUAGCUAUAGAGUUCGAGGCAAAAACGCUGUCUUCCAAUGGUAUAUUACUUUAUUCCAAUAUAGAGUCUAGUUAUAUGACACUAUAUAUGGAACAAGGAUACUUACAAUUCAAAUUUUCCUGCGGAUAUCAGACGAUGUUGCUGAGCGAAUUGAAAAUUCCUGUUAAUAAUGGCUACAAGAUGAAUAUCAAAGCAAACCUGGAUUUCAGUAAGGAUUUAAAGCAUUGCGAUGCAUCUAUUAAAGUAAAUGACACUCUUUCUAUGACUGGCGACCAGAUUGCGGAGGUGACGAACUAUUUUAACCCUUCAGCCUGGUUACAUCUCGGUGGAACGCCGCAGGAUAUUAGUGGAGAUAAUUUGAAUAAGGGAUUUGUUGGUUGCAUGUCCGAGUUAAAAAUAUCAGGAAAAAAGUUAAAUAUAUUUAAAGACGCUGAGGAUGGUUAUGAGGUUACAGAAUGUUCUUCUUUAGCUUGUCUGACAAAUCCUUGUAGCAAUGGAGGCGUUUGUAUGGCGUUGGAGAAUGAUUGGUUUUGUCAAUGCAAGAAUGGUUAUUUGGGUAAAAAGUGCGAAAAAUCAGUUUGUGAAGAUAAUCCAUGUUACUUUGGGGGAACAUGUAUACCUUUUUCUGGUAGUGGCUACAUUUGUAUGUGCCCGUAUGGUAAACAUGGACAUUUCUGUGAAAAUGAUAUCAAAAUAUCGGAGCCUCAUUUUUCGGCUUCAAUAAGAGGUUUAUCUUCCUACGUAGCCUACCCUAUACCAGAUGGCAUCUUCAAAAAUAUGGAAAUAACAUUUAGAUUCACCCCGACAACAAUGGAUCAGAUUUCGAUUCUUUUGUUCAUCGGUCAAUCUGGUUAUCAUGAUUACUUUUCAGAUCAUAUAGCAGUAAGUUUUGUGAAAGGCUACAUAAUGUUGACAUGGAACUUAGGCUCAGGUCCUAGAAGAGUAUUUACAUCGCAACCAAUUAAAAAAGGGGCUAGAGAUUAUUUGGUGAAACUAGGACAAGUAGGUAGACGGGCUUGGUUAUACGUGGAGAACAUAGGAAAUAUUACCGGAAGAUCCCCAGGAAGUUUGAGUCAGUUAGAUGUAAUACCACUGAUAUACUUAGGUGGACAUGAAUCUACGAAUUUCUCAUUGCUUCCCCAUGACUUACCUCUCCACACAGGUUUUUCUGGAUGUAUUUUUGAUGUAGAACUAAAGUCAGGCAGUGUGGUUCUUUCAUUACAAAACUCCUUACAAGCUACAGGUAGAGCUGUAGGACAAUGUGGAACGACGGAGUGUUUUGAUCAAAGUUGCCAAAACGGAGGGGCUUGUCUACAUCAUGGAAGCACUUUUAUGUGUUUAUGUCAGGACGGUUGGUUUGAUCCUUUAUGUUCAUCAAAAAACAAUCUUUGCGAAGAAUCUUACAGCAAAUGUUCGGAGGAAUCAACAUGUGUUCCACUGAUUUCUAACUAUAAUUGCGACUGUCCUUUUGGUAGAACUGGGAAAUAUUGCGAAAAAGAAGAAACUUUAACCGACAUCAGCUUCACAGGGCAUAGAUCAUAUAUUUUACUAAACGCCAAAGAGUUUGAUAAUGCCAGAGUCAGUUUUAGUAUGGAAUUAAGAGUGCUGAGCGAUACUGGUUUAGUAUUCUUUAUGGGCAAAAAGGGGUCCAGUUUUAUUUCACUCUACUUACAAAACAAUCUAUUAGAAUUACGCGUAAAUACGAUCAAAAACAAAGUGACUUACUACAAUCCUUUGGUGAUAAGGGGUUCCAAAUUGCUGUUGAAAGGCAUAUGGUAUCCAAUUGAAUUUGGUUUAUUUGGUCGCAAAGUAUUUCUCUCUGUUGAUGGUACAAUAAACACUGGCCUUACUAACGUAGGCAGCAUUAUUAGUUUAUCAAAAGAAAACAUGUACCUUGGGGGUUUACCAGAUAUGUCCCAUUUACCUUCACAAGCCACAACAAACUAUCCAGUACCUUUAACCGGGUGCAUAAGACAUUUUCAUUUGGAUACAAAACAUAUAUCCCUAAAUAAUGAUACCAUAAAAGAGUCCAAAAAUAUCGUGGAUUGUGAUGGUACUCCUUGUGGAGGUGAAGCUUGCCUUCAUGGUGGAACUUGUUGGUUGGAUUCCUUCAUGAAACCACGUUGCGCAUGCGUGCAGCCUUACUACGGUGAUAAAUGCCAGUUUAUACCUGAUUGUGAUAAAAAAUCCUGUCAAAAUGAUGGAAAAUGUUACAACAAGAAGUGUUCUUGUUUAGUUGGAUACACAGGGUCUUUUUGUGAGAAGGAGAUUAUUGUUAAAAUGCCACAAUUCGAUGGGAUCAGUUAUUUAAUUGAUGAUUGUUUUUUGGGCCUUGGCGUUGAAAACGGAUAUCUCAAACUAACCUUUUCAGGGGUGAAAUCUAAAAAACAUUAUGUCGAAAUUCCAUCCUCAAUACAAACUGCAGAUGGUUUGUUUCACUCAGUAGACAUCUCAUUUAACCCACUUCUAAUAAAAUUAGACUCGAACGAUUUGGAAAUCACGAAUAAAAACGAACAGUCGCCCGAAGAAAUACAAAUAUUUACUGAUGGUGUUUUCUACAUUGGUGGUGUUCCUGGUAAUAAUUUACUGGAUGAAACUUUUGGGAUGUUCCAUGAAAAUUUUGAAGGUUGCAUUGAGGCUUUUGCUACUAACAAUGAUAAAAGUAUAACUGAUUUUACGCAUUUUGAGGGAAGCAAUGUAGGGGUAUGUGAUAUAAUUUAA